GAAAGGGGCGGGACAUUUCCCAAACACACUCGAAGCGCUCGACCAAUCACAACACACCGCUCCAGCCGACAAAUCAGAGCGCAGUGUGCUUUCAGGAGGAGGGGCUUCAUAGAGACAGGAAGUAAACAGAGCGUUACUGACAGACUGGGAAGAGAGGAGCCGCAACACUGGAGAAUAUGAGGAGAAUAAUCAACAUUCAAGCAGGAAAACCUGUUUUUUAUAGGUUUUAGUUGUAGUGUUUAGUCUUCAGUGAUGAAUAUUUCAGAUGCCGCUGUAAUGCAAAGACUCCUGACAGGCUUCAUAAAUAAAUCACAUUUCAUCCCAGGGAAUUAUCAGUGUCCUGUAAUGGCACGCUUUGUUUUUUCACCCUGCCGCACCUGUGCAUGUCUGUCACACGUGUGUGUGUGUGUGUGUGCGCGCGUGUCCUACCCGUGGAUCGGCGCUCUCAUACUCGGACUGCUCUUCCUCGGCUCUCCUGCUCACCUUCACACAGAGAUGUACGCUCAGAGGAGGCUGCGAGAGGAGGCUCCGAUCGUCCAGCAAGUCCCGAAGAUGAUUCCUCGGGAACAUCCGCUCUCUGGCGCCACGUCGUUACGCAAAGCUCUGUCCAUCCAGAACCUGGCCCAGAUCGAGACGCCGUGGGAAGGAGUGACGCUGAACAGGUGUUUGAUCGUGGCCAUAGCCAUCCUCCUGCUGACCUCCGGGUUACAGAAAAUACACGAGGCAGUCAGAGGCCGGAAGGAGGAAGAGCUCACGCCACUACAUGAGAGACAAAAUCUGAUUAAAAGAGGGAAAAUUACACCACAUGAGCCGGACUCUUCCCUAUGGCACAUGUUGAUCUGGUGGUUUGAUGAUGAUGACGAAGGCUCUGGCAGAUCCAAGAGAGCGAAUCGUGAGAGAGUUUCCAGGAGCCUGAGACACCGGGCCCUUCCAGACCCCCGGCUCCUGAAGACGAGAGCGGCGCGGUUCCCGGAGCGGAGAGCGAGAGGACGGGGAGAAGACGAGAGUAAGGAGAGGCCGACGAGACGGAUAGAAAAACAGAUGAAAGUCAAGAAGAAGGGAGAGGAAGAAAAGCAGGAGAUGAAGAAACUGAAGAAACCUGCGAAAGUGUCAAAGCCGUGAUGUAACGAUGCCAGAAAACGUGCAAAAAAAUCUAUCUUUUAGUAAAGCUCUUUUGAUUAUAGGUUUACUUCAGCAAAACAUCAUCAGCUCAAAGUGUCUGUAAUGUGUAUAAAUGUCACUGGUAGUCACUGUAUGAAGAAUAUUUGGGUGUAAUAUGUAAUAUUCACUU